AUGUCCUCCUCUAACCAGUAUCACCCUGAAUCUGAAACCCUAAAACAGAAUGGCUCUGUGUCCAAAGAACCAAAGCCUGAUGUUCAGCCCCUACCAAAUCUACGGGCAUCUCAACCACGUCAGUGCAAACCCAAGCAGUCACAGGUGCCCCAGCAACUAAAAGCUUCGUGCCUACCCAAGAAGCAGCCUUCAUGCCGACCCUGUCCACCCCAGGGGCCUAGCUGCCGGCCCUGCCCGCACAAGGAGCAGUCUGCCUGCCGGCCUUGCCCAACCCUGAGCUGCCAGUGGCGGUGGGUGCUCUCCUCCUUCCAGGUGGAUGUUUGGUGUUCACAGACUCAGCAGAGGAUAGUGGGAUAUUACCAAGCCAACGCCUGCGUGUCUGAUAACAACCCGACACCGUGUGCGCUGAAGGUCGCCGAUAAGAUUGCAGAGCAGUUUGACAAUGCAGUUUUAUUAAUGCUCGAUGGCAGUAAGAUGUCUCCAGACUAUCGGGUUCCUCCCAUUGUGUUGUACGAGCGCAAAGACUCAAGAUGGAUACUCAAAGACAAACACACGAUAAUGCUGAGACAGUGGGAGGAGACUCGGGCCAUAGCGAGCCAGAUGAUGGAGUCAGGUGAUCAAACGCUUUUGGUGGAUUUUGACAGCCACCUGGAUGACAUCACAAAAGACUGGACCAAUCAGAAACUUAACACCAAGAUAGAGGAGCUCGCCUCGCCGGCCAACGGAAACAUCUAGACUGAAGAGUAGCAUCACUUUUUCUGCACAAAUGUGAUUUUUACAGAACAACGCACACUCGACACCGAGUUUAAGGAGACGUUUAUUUUUUUCCGAGUGAACAAGAACAUAUAUGCAUAAAUAACAAUAUUUACAUCUCACUAGUUUCCCGCCCAACCCCAGAGUGUGCCUUGUGGUCCAUCCCAAUACUCUGCUCAUUUAAAGGACACUUCCACCUUUAAGUCCUCCUCUAACACUACUACAACAUAUAGAUAUAUGUUCCCCCUCUUUCCCUUAGUUUAUGCAUUAGUAUGAUUCCAGCAAACUAAACAUGAAACAGGAUGGACAAAAGGACAAAAAUGCCUUACAAUACUAAAAUCCUGCAGUAAAUACCAAGCUAGAUGAAGCUCAAAAUAUUUGUUUUUCAUUAGGUUUGAUUUAAAAGGAACUCUCAAGUUUGUGUUUUUGACUUUGGGAAGACUUAAAGUAAUAUAUUAAAAAUAAAAUGGGGGGGAGGGGGGGGAUACAUCCACCCUUUAUUUAACACCGUACAGAUGUGUUUGUUAUGACUUCAAUGCCUCGUGCAGGCACUUAUACUGUAAAGAACGGGUUAAAUCGAGACGUGAACUUGAAUGAAAUUACAAUUA